UCCAUGUCUUGUCUUCGUCAAUCAUCAUCUCAAGAUUUUUGAAUUCUGAUCUGAAAGCCUUCGUUUCGCACUUACUACAAUUGUUAUUGCCAACGUGUUCGUGUCUUUGUACGGAGAAUAAUUCUUUACUAAUCGUAGAAGAUUUUGCGCGAGUUGAAAACGAAAACUUAUCGCUGUGUAAGUACCGUGAAAAUCGAAGAUUAGUCCUCAUGCUCGAAGUCGGAGAUCCUCAUCGUUGGUAGUAGAAGAUCGUCAACUUCGCAGAAAAGCUCCAUCAAUAAGGAGUGCAUGAAGACCAGGUCUUCGAACGCUCCAACCUUUCUUUGGACCCCACAAACUCCUACGAUUCAGUGUAAUUACCAAUCAGUCGAUCAUUAUUCUACUUUUCCCAGGAAACCGUCCUGCAAAAUUUCAUUUCUGACUUCUUGGUCCAGACGUCAGGCAUUGUCUCACCUAUUUUCCACCCUUCCGACCGCAAGUAAAUCAUGUCUGCUGCUCAGAGCAUACUGAUAGUUGGCGAAACUUCUGCGAAGCUCUCAGAUAUUGCCAAAGGGAUCCUUAAAGUCCAAGAACUGCCUCCUGCCAUUGAAAUAGAAAAAGACACCUUUUCGUACCCGUGGGAAGUUGACACCAAAUAUUACACCGCCUCUGUCAAUCUUUGCUGCACAGAUGUUAAGUCCCUUGCUAACAAGAGCUUUGCAGACACAGUUCAAGCCAUAAUCAUACAUUUUGACAGUUCAGAUGAAAAUGCUAUGACUAAUGUGGAUGAAUGGCUGUCAUUUUUGAAAGAAUACGAAGCAGAUGUAAAAAUUCUCUUGUGUGAUCAGUGCCAGUCAGAACCUAAUGUUGGUAUUUCCAAGUUAACAGCCCAAGAAUGGUGUAUCGGCAAAGGCUUUGAGUUGGUCGAACUUUCUCCUGUAUUGGACGAAGAUGAGGAUGAAGAUGGUGAUUUUGCGGAGAGCACUGGUGUUACCAGGAUCAUUCAAGCCCUCCACGCUCAUGUUUGGCCUGAAAUGACGAUGAAAUCAGAAUCUAGUUGGAAUGCUAGUAGACAUCAAACUCUGACUCAAAACGACAGUGUGCCCUCCAAUUUAGCUGCCGAUUUAGAGUCAUUGAAUAUUGAUACCCCAUUUGCACCCAACGGACCUGAAAUUGAAGACAAAAUAGAGGAGCUCUUCAGUGAAGGUAGUCAGGAGCUAGAGUUUUCCGAGCUCUUCUCGGAGUUGCAGAGUAUGAAAGAGCGAGUUGCAAAUUUGCCAUCCGAAGAAAGAAAAGCAUGCGCAGAAAAAGUUGUCAUGGCAUUCUGGAAAGCGAUUGGUGGAGAUGAUGACGAAAUAAAUUGUGAUGAUGAAGAAGGCUAACAAUAGUAUUGAUUGAGUAGUCCUCAAAAAAGUUCGCAUGCUGCCUUGCACUGAACUCACGGUAGUCAAUGGUCGAAAGCCAGUUGCCGCUUUCUAGAACUUGUGUUCUUCCAGCACAUCUCAGAUCGAAGGUAUCAACUUACGUAUCGUAAGUUCUAUCCCACCUGGCCAGUCUACAGGUAGUGCAGUACCGCCUCUACAGCUGCAAAUAUGUAUAUCCCAGUAAUAUCAAACAUGCUAUCCCUGAGUGUCAUUUGAUAACAUUUUAAUUUCUUUAAUUUUAGCAUCACAUAUUAUGGAUAGCUUUGAGGCAUUUUUGUUUUCAGUCUGAGCCAAAAUGAUGGCCAGCCUAUCUAAUUCUUCAAAAUUGCAUGCCAAAUAUAUGAGAACAGGAAUGAGAUCCCAGGGCUUGUUGCUUGAUUUGCCUUACAAUUGCAGUGGCAUGAACUAAUAUCAUUGGAAAUGCCCUGUUUUUUCUUUAUUUUUUAAUUUUUUUUCAAGUUGAGUUCUUUCUUAAGUUAAGUUGUCAUAUUAUUUUGUGGAUCAGUUGAUGAAGUUGCACAUCAUUCUUCAGCAUUACAAAAUAAUUUUUCUCGGCCAGGGGUGCCCACUCUUAAUUUCAAACCAUAGGGAAACUAGAACACAGCUUACCUCCGAGGGCCAGAACAUGGGCGAGCGUUACACCAUGUUUUAGCUUUCUUUCUCUGUCUAAAAUUCCGAACACCUGGAAGGCAAAUGUAAGUGUUGCAUUUGUACUCUUGAGCCCCUGAAACACAUACAGGAAAAAAAAAAACGCUUCAGUCCACAUGCAUUCAGAGUUAGAAUGGUCAAUGCAAAUAAAGAUAGU